AUGAUAUACGCGAUUGAACGUAUUUCUGAAAGAAUGGAUCCAUCGUGUUAUUUCAAUUUCAACGGAUUUGAUAGCAGUUUGCAAACUAUACCAAUGGAUAAAUUUCCUAAUGUGAAAAAUGGGUAUACUUUAAGUCUUUGGGUGAAGGUUACUGCAUUUCUAGAGAAUGAAAUUGGAUUAUUGUGUUAUGAAGAUUUAACGGGUGCCAAUACAACAUUCGAACUUUAUUUCAAGAAAAUUGACCAGCCAUAUAGGUAUUGUUUAUGUGUAAAAACACAACAAUUUCCGUUACCACCCGAGGACUUUGUAUUUGAUGGAUUUUCUUUUCAGCAAACCCUCGUUUGGCAUCAUAUUGUUUUCGUGCAUUCGAAAGAUGGAACUUCUUUGAUUGUUGAUGGUUCUUCUAUGCAAUCUUAUGAUAUGUUUAAUUCUCCAAAGGCGAUGGGGAAAGAGAAAAUAGUAGCAGUCGUGGGACGUCGUGGUAAGAAAAUAGGGCUCUGGGAUGAAACAAUUGCGGAAAAGGUUUUUAAUCAAGGACCAGCAUAUUCAAAAAAUUAUCGUGUUCUAGGAAUCGAGAACAAAGAAUUUAUUUCAGUUCACCCGCAAUCUUAUUUAAGUAUUGAACAAAAAUUGAUAUUGGAGCCAGAAAAAUCAAGAAGAAAUUCGGAUUCAAUUGAUUUUACAAAAAUAACCGGAAAGUUAGAGGGCGGGUGUACAGUGCAUGUAACACGAUCUAUGCGGGACAUUAUUGAACAAUUUGGAAAAGUAGAACAAUGUUUUCGAUUUUUAGAAUUAGAUUCACGACAUCAGUUGAUUGGGCUUCGUACCAUAUCCAAUCUACUUUAUAAAAGUCCACAAAACAUGGCAAAGUUUACCGAGAACAAUGGAUUUUCAACAUUACGAAAAUUAUUGGGCAAUUCUAAUAAUAAUGAAUUGAGCAUUGAACAUUUUAAUGUGUUGAUGGACAUUGCAAGUGAUGGGAUAACAAGAAAUGAUCAAAUGGUUAUAGUUAAUACAGAAUGUUUAAGAGUGAUUGUUGAACUUUUAGGCAGCUGUUGUAAAGAGGAUGUUCAAUUGCCAGUUAUAAGAAUGUUGGUUGAUAUGCUAGUAGAGGUUCCAAAUAAUCUCAAGAUUUGGCGCACGAAUCUCGGAGUGGAAACAUUACUUGAACUGUUAGACAAUCUUUCCUGUUCUCUUGAACCUUUUAUAAUGCGAGUAAUUGAAUCAAUGAUGUCAGAAAUCACCACAGAAGAGCUAAACAAAUUAUUCAAUUAUAUUGAAUGCGGUGAUGGUAAAUGGGUAAAUUUGGAUAUUAAAUAUGACAUUGUCGAGAUAAUUUAUAAAAAUAUGACGCAUGAUAGUCAGCUUGUGGAAAGGAUACGUGUAUUGAAAGGGAUAUCACUUUUGACACCGCUUCUUGAAGCUCCAAAUGAAAAAUUCUGUAUAAUUAUAUUGAAGAUGAUUGGUAUCUUAAUGAGUUCCAAUAUUAAACAUAGCAAGGCAUUAUUAACAAGAGUUAACAAUGGUUUUGACGUUAUGUUUUCAUAUUUAGCAGGGCACGAGCUUUCUUUAGAGUUUACACAAGUUUUGAUUGGAGUGGGGACUAAUUAUUACCAAAAUGAUCCUAAAUUCAAGAAUGCUCAGUAG